ACAUCUUAGCAGCAGCUCGUAGAACAAGAACAAACAGAACUACAGACCAGGAGAACCACGGACAAGGACCACAGACCAAGACCACAGACCAGAAGCACCACGGAUCACGCACCAGGAGAACCCAGCGCAACAGGAGCCACAAGAACAAACAGAACCACAGACCAGGUUGCGGACCUGAUGAGGGUUUUAGAUCUAAUUUAAUCUAGUUUGUCCUACAGAGUAAAAUCUGUUGACAUCAUAUCACAUCAUUAAACGUCUGAGUCCUGAUGGUUCACAGGUUCCAAUUUUGAAUGAACUCGUCUCCAUCAUCUUUCUGCAAACAAUACAGACAUUUUCUAAGACAAAGCAUCAGUGUCUUUGUCUGGUCUAGUAGGUCCUGCUGUGCUCUGGUCUGGUUUAGUCCAGUUGGUCUUGGUCUAAUUGGGUCCAGUAGGGUCUGGCUGGGUCUGGUCGUGUAGGAUCUAGGCUGGUCUGAGGACAGUCAGGAUGUUCUGGAAGAACACAGCGUGGUCUUGGGAUGAUUCAGCAGGUGAUGUCGGUUAUCUCCUUGACCUCAGCAGGACUCCAGACUCUACCUCAGAUAACGACCUGAACCACAUCACAACUGCCACCACAACCAGCAGCACAUCCACCCCUGGACUUACAUACCUGACUGAACAAAGCUGGACCUGCAGCCCCCCCCUCAGUCUCAACACCUCCAACUCCUGCUCUGGUCGAACUAACGUCUCCACACUCUACAACAAACAGCUCCUCACAAACAGCAGCAGCACCCAGCGACUGAUGGUGAACAUCGUACGAGGAACAGAUGGAUUUGGAUUCACAAUCUGCUCUGACUGUCCAGUAAGAGUCCAGGCUGUCGAUCCUGGGGGUCCAGCUCAUCAGUCUGGACUUCGUCAGGGAGACUUGGUCCUGCAGCUGAACGGACUUCCUGUAGAAACCUGGAAGUGUGUGGAACUCGCCCACACCAUCAGGACUUGUCCAUCUCAGAUUGUUUUAGUGGUAUGGAGAGGUUUACCGGACCUCAUGGCAGGAAGUGAAGCUUUACUCCGCCCGCGGACACACAACACAACGACAGGCAGGAAACUGUUGCCUCACCCUGCCCACAGUAAACAUGGUCGCAGACAGAGUCAGAGCUCUAUGGUCCGCGCCAGUCUGGCGGCUCUGGGUUCUCUGUGGAGGGACAGGAAGCACGAGAACGAGGAGGAAGAACAGGAAGUGACUGAGUACUCCUGCAGCAACACUACACUAAAGGGCACCCGUGUGACAUCAUCAAACGGAGACAAUUACAUCAUCCUGUCACCUGUCAGUCCAGGAGCACAGCACCUGCAUCCAGUUUGUCAUGACAGGAAUGCGACCAUCAGUCCUCUGUACCGGACUCACCCCAGAAGAGGUCAGAACCUUCUCCACGACCCUCGACCUGAGUCAUCACAGCAACCGUUUACCAGCCGCACUGCCACCCUACCCCCGCCCCUCUCCUCCUCUUCUUCAGCCACGCUAAGAAACUAUGGCAACUACCAGAACUGCACCAUCGUCCAAUCACAUCUGCCGUGCUCUGCUUAUGAAAGCUACAUGACACUGGCACCAAAAACUCUCAUCUUCCCCAUCUUUGUCCAGCCUCUGGAUCUGUGCAGCCCUGACAGAACCUUACUGAUGUCAGAGGAAAUUAUUCUACACCAGGCUGAGCUGCUGCCUGCAAAGGUGACAGUGUUGAUCUACAGCGACCUGCUGCUGUUCACCAGAGAGGACGAGGUUGGCCGCUGUAACGUCCUCCAGAGUCCAGUGUUCCUAAACACACUGCAGCUCAGAGAGGUGUCACCAGAGCCCCUCCUCAUCCACCUGGUGCAGUCGUCUCAGACGUGUUUUCGUUGCGCCUUCAUACUCGAGUGUUUCAGCGUUGAGCAAAAGAUCAGAAUUAGUCUCUGUUUCCAUGACAACAUUCAUCACCAGCUGGUCGCCACGGAAAUGGCGCCCAAUCACCAGCUCUCCCACCUCCCCUCAGAUUUCAGUCUUCUGUCUCUCCGUCAGUCAGAUCUCCUCUAUCGUUCAUCCUCUCCUUUCUCCUCAACGGAUCCUCCCCUGCUCCCCCCCUCUUUCCCCUCCUCUCCCCUCUGUGACACCCCCCCCUUCCACUCUCCUUCCUCCCCCAGCUCCUCCUCCACUCCUCCUCCCCCAUUGACCUCCUCAUCUCUCUCCAAGACGAUCAACGCCCUGCCUCACCCCCCCCCACCUUCCUCCCCCUCCUCCUCCACCCAGAGUCCAGUGUGGAAGGCACUAGGGAGAACAGAAGAGGAUGAGAGAUGGAAGAGGAGGGGGAAUGAGGAGGAAGAUGAAGAGGUUGAAGAGCGGCAGCAGGGGGAGGGGGAGAGUGCCUCUGAAACAUCAGAAAGUGUGGGAGGGGGGGGCCUCCUGCUGAGCCCCACACACUAUUACACAAAGGAGGAGGAGCAAGAUGAGAGGGACAAAGAGGUAGAGCAGUUCAGCUCCACCCACAGAGCUGCAGUUCUGCGCCGCUCGCUCUCGGAGGGUUCCCUGCUGCGGGAACCUCGAUCACCUUGCUUCCUAUCUGAAAGCGCCAUCCACCUACUCACCUGCUCUAUGACCUCUGACCCCGAUCCCCUCCCCACCUCCCCCUACUCUCUGAGGAAACAGCUGACCAGUGAGGGGGGGUCUCUGCACCAAAUUCUACAGCUGCUCAACAGCACCAAGGACUCUGAGUUCAGGAACCUUCACCUGUCGAAGAAGACCAAGAAUCUAGAUCCUGAUGUUCGCCGUUGUCUGUCAUUUCUACGGCGUCCGGAAAACUGUACCCGUUUCUAUGGAAACAGUUUGGAGAAAGCUCUGAGAAACAACAGACCAUCUCCAGGGGAGGUGCUGAGGUGGGCGGAGAGUCUGGAGGCUCUGCUGACCAAUCAGUAUGGUCUGGCAGUGUUCCGUCACUUCUUAAGGUCAGAGUUCAGCGAGGAGAAUCUGGAUUUCUGGUUGGCUGUAGAGAGAUUCAAAAGGAUACGCCCCCUCAGCAGGAUGGCUCUCAGAGCUACGAAAAUCUAUGAGGAGUUUAUUUCUACCACUGCAGCAAGACAGGUUAACUUGGACUCAACUGUCAGAGAAUCGACCAAUCAAAGCCUACUUCUCGGAGUUAACCCCGCCUCCUUCCAGUUGGCCCAGGAUCAGAUUUUCAGCCUGAUGGAGACUGACAGCUACCCACGAUUCCUUCAGUCCCACCUUUAUGCCCCUUUGGCCAAUCAGAGCGGAGCUGGGUCUGUCAAUCAAUCAUGAAAGAAAAAGGAGGCGGACCAAAGUGAAGGGGAAACUGAUCUCAUUGGAAGUUGAGAUCUGAUCAGAGAUCAGAGUUUUGUCAUCUGUUCAGAGAAAAACCAAUGAAAGACCUCAUCUAUCCAGGUGCAUGAUGGUAACUUUAGGCUACGUUGUUUUUGCUCUGACUUAUGGUUCUGUUUUUUUUAGUUGUAAAUAUAACAUUCACGUUCCCAGCUGAUAAAUCCUAUGGAUGUGUCCUGUAGCGCCACCAUCAGGUCACCUUUUAAGUUGUGCUGUACUACAUGAUGAGAUAGCUGCAGAGCUAAUGGCAUUCCCAUAAGCCUCAGCUGUGCAGUGUUAACUGCUAAUGAGCUAAAGUUAGCAGUAAAGGACUAUAUACUAUAUAUACUGAGCUCAUCACUAUAUAAUGUCUUCUAUGUAGAGGACUAUAUACUAUAUAUAUACUGAGCUCAUCAGUAAAAGAAAAAACAUUUUCAGACACGACUCAGAUCAUUUUCUCUGCAUCGGUUCAUUGUCACAGGAUCAUGACAAACAACAACAACAACAACAACAACGGUCCGUGUGAAAUCCCACAGUGAAUUUUAAAUGUUUAUUUUACUCUUAGUAUUAAAACUUUUAGUUAAAAACACGUUGAAUGUUUAUUUUUAAACAUGUUUGAUUUUGUCUCACUUUGUGAUGCUCUGUUCAUAUUUAUAUGACAGCUCGUUAUGUUCCUGAUGACCACUCUCCACUGCAAUGCAUGAUGGGAUAUGUUACUCUGUGAUUGACCAUCAGUUGUACAUCAUGCAUUGUGGGAAAGAGUGCACUAUAUAGGGUAUUAAAACUUCACUUAACAUUCGGACAGAACUACAAAAUAGCAGAUUCACUAUUUAGAGAUUACAGUAUUACAUGUUACACAAAGUAACAUCAUGAUUGCGAUGGUGGAUCGUAAUCAUGGACAAUGAUCACAACAAGACUGCUUGAUACACAAUAUGUCUCCCCAGAUACUUGACCACUACUGAAAAUAACUCCUUAAUUAAUUUACCUUCCAUCAUGUUUACUCUAUUCUACUCUUAUUUUUUCUUAUGUUCUCCAUUACAUGUGGCAUCUAUUGCACUUCUUUCCAUUCUGGGAGACGGAUCCUCACGUGUGUCUCUCUGAGGUUUCUACGUUCUUUUUCCCUGUCAAAAGAAAUGUUUUGGGUAGUUUACUCUUGUUGAGUUAAGAAUAGAGGAUGUCACACCUUGUUAAGAUCUAUGAGACAAACUGUGAUUUGUGAAUAUGGG